GUUGUGGUUCAGUCAGUCGCUUUUCGCAAGUGGCGUCGAGCGGCAGGGACUCUCCACGCUCUGCUCCGCUCCCCUCCCGGCCGCCGCGCCGCCGCCGCUGGACCGAACGGCCGCCGGGCCCAAAAGCCGGGCCGAGAGAGCGCGCGCGUGUGCGUGUGUGUGUGUGUGUGUGUGUGUUUGAGUGUGUAUUGGACUUGGAUACCGUCGCGUUAGAUGACAACAAACAUGUUGCUCCGCGGGCUGCUGCCGGUGCUGCUGGUGUUGGCCGCGACCCUCGGCGCCCAGGCCCAGCGCCGCUACUCCAAGUUCGGCGUGCCGCAGAUCUACCAGCGGGUCUCCGGCGACCCGGACGCCAUCGUGUUCCCCGGCGAGGCGACGAGCGCCUUCCAAUCGCUCUACGAGGAGGCGGCCGGCUACGGCGGUGCCGGCAUCGACCGCUUCAGGCUCGCGUCCGAGGCGCUCUUCAGUAUCGCCGUGCGGCUGCAGAGCCUGCUCGAGGACCCCAACGCGCUCACCAGAAACGGACCGCGGGGCAACUUCCUGGUGUCGCCUCUGUCGGUGACGGCCGCGCUGGGUCAGCUGGCCCUGGGGUCGCGGGGAGAGUCUCACCGCCAGCUGGGCGAGCUGCUGUCGCUUCCCGGCCGGCCGGGCCAGGCCAACCGCAAGCGCUCCGUGAUGCAGCUGCACCUGCAGAUGGGAGGGCUGCUCGAGAUACUGCAGGCGGACGCUCGCAGCAGCCCCGCCUUCCAGCUGCACACGGCGUCCGCCCUGUUCGCCGCGCCAAACCUGCGCAUGUUCCCGCGCUUCAAGCGAGAGGUCAACGAAAUGUACAGCACCCAGAUCGUCUCCGUCAACUUCGGUGACCCGGUGGGCGCUCAGCGCCGCGUCAACGCCUGGGUGUCGCAGCAGACGCACGGCCGCAUCCCCCGCGCGCUAGCAGCACCGCCGCCCGCCUCCACCGCCGUCAUCCUCUCCAACUCGAUCUACAUGAAGGCGGCCUGGAGGUUCCCCUUCUCCCGCGAGUUUACCAAACCCGGCGUCUUCAGACCCAGUCUCUCCCAGCAGGUGUACCUCGGAAAAUCCCCCGUUUCAUUGCUUUAAAGUGCAUAACAAAAGUGUCACGCAAUACAGGCUGGUCCGAAGACCCCUUCCUUUAUUUUGCUUAUACUGUACCGCAUGCAGCCGUGCGGGCGGGCUUGCCUACCCUAGCGCCUUAUGGCCCUGUGCGAGUAUGCAACCCGGCCGCACGCCUGCAUCCGGUACAAUAUAAGAAAAAUUCUAACGCUAACGCGUUAACGGCCCCCUUAGAUUUUAACGUGAACACUGGCAUGUAUACAUAU